UACAAACUAUUAACACAGAUAGAUAAAUGUAAACUGUACUAUGUAUUGAUAGGUACACAACUCAAAGAUCAGACUCGGGACCACUGGGACAAACAUGGCUACGCACUUAACUUUGUGUUUAAUAUUUACUGUAAUAAAAUUGUGUGAGUGUAAAUAUGGAUACGUUAUAUGGUCUGGAGAUAAAGCGAAGGCUGUUGUGACCGAAUAUUACGCCGAUAUCCCCGACGUGCACCUCGCGAAGGCUACGUAUCGAAAUGAAAUUAAUAAUACAGGCUGGGCAUUUCUGGAGCUUCACACAUCCCGAGACUCAAGUGAUGAGAAGCAGUAUGCAUGCUGCAGGGUAUCUCGAAGGGUUCCUCACCAGGGACCUGAUGUGGAUGCAUUGGCAAAAUGUACUUAAAGGGUAUUGCUAUAAUAAAACAGAUGUGUGUGGUUUAAUAGAUGACUUCAUAAACACCAACCAACAGUAUACGGCGAGUAUGAUAGAGAAGAACCCGAAUGAUCCAUACUGGUAUCAGGUGAAACUGUAUUACAUCCAGCUGGAAGGUCUAGCUGCUGGAUACAACGCGGCCACCAAGCCCAUGUGAGAGUGGCUCACCAUC